UAUUCGUUUCAGCAUAAGUAUAAAAUGAAAAGAUGAAUAAUUCUUGGUUCUCAGUCGUUUUGUUGAUUUUUAGUCCCCUAUUGGUAUUUUGGGUAAAUCGACAUACCAUUCGUCAUAAAUGACUAGCCAAUCGCAUAACAGCAAUGCUCCUGAGGAUAAAAUUGGCUUCGAUGAAAAUAAGACCUCUGCUCUGUUGAUGAUCAUUCAGGCUCAGUAUGGCCAAGAUAAGGAUUCUGGUACUUAUUGUACAUGUAAGUCUCAUACUGUCCGCAGGAGGAAAGGUCAUCUUCAAAAUGGCAGGUAUUGUAAGUACAGAUGAAAGUGGUCUAACAUUUGAAGAAGCUUUAAGGAAAGCUAACCAAGACUUACCGGCUGAUAUAGAAUUUCAGGCGCUUUACAUCAAAAUGGAUGCUAAUCCAAUUCGAUCUGCUUUGAACUUGUGUAGUGCUGUUAUAUCUAAGGGCGUUCACACAGUUAUUGUUAGCAAGCCAGAGAAUUCGGACAACAAUCCUCCUAUCUCUGUGUCCUAUACCUGUGGCUUCUACUCUAUCCCAGUCAUUGGUAUAUCAGCAAGAGACAGUUCAUUCUCAGACAUGACUGUUCACAAGACCUUCCUGCGUACAGUACCACCCUACUUCCAUCAGGCUGAUGUUUGGUUGAAGAUGCUUCAAUACUUUGACUGGAAUCAGGUGGUAUUCAUUCACAGUAUGGACAUAGAGGGUCGCAUGAUUCUCAAUCGAUUCCAGUCCAAGGCAGAUGAAAUUUCUAUUGAGAAAGUAAUUAAGUAUCCAUCUGGUGAUCAAGAUUAUAAAUCCUACCUACGUCAGUUAAGCAGCUUACAGUCUCGAGUUGUUCUGCUGUCAGCAAUGCAGGAGGAUGCUGACCAGAUUUUCCAGGAUGCUAAAGCACUUAACUUAACAGGAGAAGGAUAUGCAUGGAUUGUCAGUGAACAGGCCCUGAGUUCUCCCUACGUACCAGAGGGUACCCUGGGACUGAAGUUAUUCCUUGGGAACAAUGAGAAGGAGCACCUGGAGGACUGUGUAAGUCUGAUAGUACAGACCGUCAAGGAGCUGGUUAAUGGAACUCUGUCAGAGAUAACAGACACCCCUAACAGCUGUAACACCACCUCCUCCACCUGGCGGGCCGGCAAUACCAUCCUAAAGGCUCUGUUGGAUGCCAAGUUGGAAAAAGGCAAGACUGGACAGAUAGCCUUUGACUCCUCAGGGGAUCGCCUGAAUCCUGUCUACUAUUUCCAGAAUGUUCAGCUGAAGAAUGGAAAGCCUAGCAUUGAAAAUAUUGGCUUUUAUGGAAAUCCAAAGGUCAUCAGUAAUGCUCUAGAAAUAAAUGAGUCCAAAAUAGUUUGGCCAGGCAAGAAGAAAACCAGGCCAAGUGGAAUUAACAUCUCUACAGAAUUAAAGAUUGUGACUUUGGAAUCUGUGCCGUUUGUAUACACCAGAAAGAUGACAGAGAGUGACUCAUGUAACUGGGAUAGGAAUGAGAGGUUAUGUCCCCUGGUAAAUGAAACAACAGGUAUUAAAGAAGACUACUGCUGCUGGGGCUACUGUAUAGACAUGCUGAUACAGAUAGCAGAUAUGGUCAACUUUACCUACUCUAUACAUUUGGGCUCCAGUGGAGAGUUCGGAUCCUACAAAAAGGUGAAUAAGACUGGGGAGAAGAAGUGGAAUGGCAUCAUUGCUGAACUCAUUGAUAAGGAAGCAGACAUGAUUGUAGCUCCACUGACCAUAAACCCUGAGAGGGCUGGACGCAUUGACUUCUCUAAGCCAUUCAAGUACCAGGGCCUGACCAUUCUUGUCAGAAAGACAGCUACCGAGUCUAAACUGGACUCCUUCCUACAACCGUUUGAGGACACGCUGUGGAUUUUGGUGGCGCUGUCUGUACACGUGGUGGCCCUGGUCCUCUACCUCCUGGACAGGUUCAGUCCCUUUGGGCGCUUCAAGCUGGCUAAGAAUAAUGACACGGAGGAGGAUGCCCUGAAUUUAUCAAGUGCCAUGUGGUUUGCCUGGGGAGUCCUCCUCAACAGCGGAAUAGGAGAAGGUACCCCGAGAAGUUUCAGUGCCCGGGUUCUUGGUAUGGUAUGGGCAGGCUUUGCUAUGAUCAUUGUGGCAUCAUACACUGCUAACCUAGCUGCCUUCCUUGUCUUAGACAGACCUGAAGCUUCCAUUACUGGGAUUGAUGAUGCCAGGCUGAGGAACCCAAAUGAAGAUUUUAAGUAUGCCACAGUGAGAAAUAGUGCAGUGGAAAUGUACUUCAAACGACAAGUGGAACUUUCCACCAUGUACCGUCAGAUGGAACCACGGAAUUACAAGACGGCUGAUGAGGCAAUCAGAGACAUUGUUAACAUGAAACUACAGGCCUUUAUCUGGGACUCGUCUCGCCUGGAAUAUGAAGCAGGACAGAACUGUGACCUCAUCACGGUGGGGGACUUGUUUGGGCGGUCAGGACUGGGUGUGGGGCUGCAGAAAAAGAGUCCAUGGACCUCCAAAAUCUCAAUGGCUAUUCUCAAGCUACACGAGAAGGGAAAUAUGGAGGAUCUUGACAAUAAAUGGAUUCUAGAGGGAAGGAACGAUUGUCCUGAGAAAGACACGACCCCCGCCACGCUGGGGCUGACUAACAUGGCCAGUGUGUUUUUGAUGGUAGCGGGGGGCAUCAUUGCUGGCAUUAUUUUAAUUGUGAUUGAGAUAGCAUACAAGAGACACAGAGGACUGAAGGACAAAGAGUUGGAGCUGGCCAGAAAUGCUGCGGACCGCUGGAGGGGGAACAUUGAGAAGAGGAGAACCCUUCGUCAGACGUUACAGAGACAGCGCGAGGAACAGGAGCGCCUGGCUAAAUUGGCUACAAAGAAGCCCACUGUGGAGGGCAAUGGCAGUGCCCUGGGUGGUGUGGCGACAGGGCAGGGGAACGGCUUCAGCUUCCCUGUAGACCAGACUCCCCCCCGGCCCGGACACAGGCUGUCCUACACAGAGGCCACCGGGGGUCUGAUGUACUCACCCCCCUCCUACAGAACCGUCACCCACUCAGCCACCAUCAACAACCCAGUAUUCACAGACAAAAGUGCUGAAGAUAACUAUGUCUAGAUAAUGAACUUACAAUUUCAUUUAUUUAUAUCUUGUUGACAUUAGAUGAAUAUAUAGGGAUAAAUGUUGUACUUCUAAUUAUAACCCAGUCAGUCCUUGUAAAAGGAGGCUUAAAUUCAGAGUUUCCAAUUGAGAUAGGUAUUUACUAAUAGAUGGGGUCUUAAUUAACCUAUUAAAGAUAUUUUAUUUAAUCUUUUUUUACCAUUUUAACAGAUGAUUUAAUGAGGACAGGUAUGAAGUUGUAUUUAUUCUCUUUAUGAAUUGUUGUUUUUGGUAUUUUAACUAUUUUGUUGAUGUUGUUGUUUGUUAUUCUUUUCAUUUUGUACAUAUGAGAUUACUUUAUAAUUAUAAUACAUGUUAUAUAAAAAGUAUUUAAUUGGUAAGAAUUUGAUUAGAUGUACAUAUACAGUCCCUGAAAUGUUCUACUUUCCCAUUUUUCCGUUCGCUCACCGUUCAUGCAGUGUGCGUUCUCCGUUCGCUUUCUGUUCACAGUUUUGCGUUCACCGUGCGCUCGCGUUCACCAUUCACAAAACACUCACCGUUCACUCUUUGUUCCGUUUACUUUGCAUUCAGCGUUCACUUAUCGUUCAGUCUUUAUUUUCAUUCGGAACUCUGAAGUGAAAGGACUUAUCUUUUUGAUGGUAAGG